ACGACCGCGACAAGAUGGCGUCGCUGCAGAAUGGGCUGCUGGCGCCCGACCCGGGGGCGCUUAGUCCCGAGCAGCUGGAGCAGCUGCGCAACUUCAAGAUUCAGACUCGGAUUGCUAAUGAAAAAUACCUAAGGGACCACAAAGAAGUAGAGCUGCUCAUAAGUGGUUUCUUCAGAGAAAUGUUUUUGAAAAGACCAGACAACAUCCAAGAAUUUGCUGCAGACUAUUUCACGGAUCCAAGACUUCCCAACAAGAUUCACAUGCAGCUAAUUAAGGAAAAGAAAGCUGCUUAAUUAGCAACGUGAUGAUGCUUGGCUGUUGGGAGAGACCAGCAAGAAUCCAGCCUCAGGGGUCAUCUGGAAGCAGGAGAGCCAUGUAGUCAUCAAUGUGGGUCUCCAAGCUGCCUUGGGCUCUGUCUGCUGUCACAAAGACUUUUAAAGAUACUCAUUAAAAACAGACCUUCCUGCUC